AUGGUAAGAGAGAUCGUUCAUGCGAUUCUCCCGUCACAGUUCAAAAAUUACUGGUGUAAGAAAACGUCAUAUGCUAAUAAAGCCAACUUCAGGAAGAGACGAGACUAUCAUUCAGAGACACGCUAUGAAAAUGAACAAUCAAGUGAAAUUGUGGACAAUGCUCAAACAUACCCGGUUAAAAAACUGUAUCAUAAAUCAAAUUUUAAAGUAUCUAUGUUAGCAUCAUUCCUCGUUUACUAUAUGUGUGUAUUUAAUGUGAUAAUUAUGUGUGAUGUUAGUGUUAAUAAUGUAAAUAAGAAGUCUCUUGAAGAAAAUUUCGAUCUCUACAAAAAAGAUCUAAGCUUACGAGUAAAUACUUCUAAAAUUUGGCGUCGCAACUUAAACGAAUCACCUCUAUUGAAGAAUGUGAUAAAAAGCACAACAUCUACAGAUCAAGGAGGGAAGUCUAAAUACUCCUUACCUGAAGCUGUUGAAUUUAACAAAUAUUACAGUUAUUAUAAAAAUAAAGAUAACAGCACAGAUGAUGAUGAGGUCAAUCAGAAUGAAGUGAAAAAUAUAUAUGAUAAUACUCGGGCAGUGGGGUACCCCCAUGAUUUAGCGACACAUCCCUAUUAUGUGAAAAGAACAAAUUUCAAUUUAAGACCAGAAAGUCACCAGUUCCAUAACAAAAUUCUAAAAUUGGGAAUCCUUCUGCCAGCUGAUCCAAGUCAAGUUUUGUCACUAGCUAAAGUUUUACCGAUAGUUGAAAUGGCAAUAAUGGCUAUAACCUUACCUGAUGGUCCUUUGCCUGGAUGGAAAGUGCUUGUUGAUUAUAGGGACACUCGCUGCUCAUCUGUGGAAGGACCACUAGCAGCUUUUGAGUUCUACGUCAACGGUUCUGCUGAUGCUUUUAUUGGACCUGGUUGUGAAUACGUUAUCGCUCCAGUGGCAAGAUACGCUAGUCUUUGGCGGAUUCCUGUUAUCACUGCUGGGGCACAGGCAGAAGCUUUCGGCUACAAACAUCCAAGUUAUUUGACCUUGACAAGGAUGAUGGGAAGUUACACUCAAGCUGGAGUGGCUAUCCGGAAAGUUUUUGAGGAAUUCAACUGGAGGAAACUUGGGAUGCUGUAUCACAACAACGGUCCAUCUACCGGUAAAGGAAAUAGUGCCUGCUUCAUGACACUCAGUGCCAUAUUCACUGUUCUACAGAAGAAAGGGGCUAGGAACAUUCCCAAUAUACCUUUCGACGAAACGAAUAUUACAACUACUAAAAUAAAACAGCUCCUUCAAAAACUUUCUCUUAGCACGAGAAUUGUAGUAGUUUGCGCGAACCCAAGUACCGUACGCGAGAUAAUGUUGGCAGCAGAUGAUCUCAAUAUGGUGUCGUCUGGCGAGUAUGUGUUCUUCAACAUCGAGCUAUUCUCUAACUUGGCAUCGGCGUCUUCAAAGGAGCCAUGGAAGGUAGAAGGCGAUACGGAUGAAAGGAAUGAGCGAGCCAGGCGUGCGUACAGCGCAGUGCUAACAGUUACUAGCCCCGCUCCUGAGAAAAAAGAAUAUUUAGAGUUUUCUGAUCAGGUCAAAGAACUAGCAGAAACAAAAUACAACUACACAUUUGGGAAAGGUGAAGUUGUGUCGACAUUCGUAGCUGCUUUCUACGACGCCGUGUUGCUAUACGCGCUCGCUCUAAACGAUACUCUACGACAGGCGGACGAUCCUAGAGGUGAACUGGAUGGUGCUAUGGUUAUAAGGAACAUGUGGAAUAGAACGUUUCAAGGCAUAACUGGCGAAGUGAUAAUCGACGACAAUGGCGACCGCGUGGCGUCGUACUCCUUAUUGGAUAUGAAUCCUAACACAAGCAAAUUUGAGGUAGUUGCGACUUACGUGGCAGCGAACUCGUCCUUGCAGUUUGUCGAGAACCGCCCAAUACAUUGGGCGGGGGGUAGGAUCACCCCCCCACCGGAUACUCCUAAGUGUGGCUUCGACGGAUCGCUCUGUCCUGAUAACUCCUUACCUGUCUACGCCAUUCUGAGUAUCGUGUUAAGUUCCGUCGUGGUCAUACUGGCUAUACUUUCAGUAUUCAUUUACAGGCAUUACAAAUUAGAAGCGGAAAUAGCAAUGAUGACUUGGAGAGUCAGUUGGAGUGAAGUUUUGCCGUCAAGCAGCAGACUGCGCGGAAGUCUGCAUUCUUUGAUCAGAAGAUAUAGUACUGGAACUGCGUAUUCAGAUGAAGCAACAUCACUCGCUGGAGAUCGUCAAAUGUACACGCCUUGGGGUUUUUACAAAGGGUGCAGAGUUGCUAUCAAAAAAGUCGAUAAGCAGAGGAUAGACUUAUCAAGACCUUUACUUCUAGAAUUAAAGAAGAUGAAAGAUCUAGAACAUGAUCAUCUGGCCAGGUUCUUCGGAGCAUGUGUAGACCCACCACACUGUUGUCUCCUUACAGAAUAUUGUCCUAAAGGAUCACUUCAAGAUAUAUUGGAAAAUGAUACGAUAAAAUUAGAUUGGAUGUUCAAAGUUAGCUUAAUGCACGACAUUGUCAAGGGAAUGCAUUAUCUUCACAGUAGUGAUAUUAGAUCUCAUGGGGCUUUAAAAUCUAGCAACUGUGUAGUGGAUUCUCGCUUUGUAUUGAAAAUAACAGAUUUCGGUUUAAAUGCCCUGAGGACUUCAGAAAAAGACACGCGGGCGCAUAGUUAUUGGACUCGGAUGCUUUGGACAUCACCGGAAUUACUACGUAUGUCUGAGCCGCCACCAGAGGGCACUCAAAAGGCAGAUGUAUAUUCUUUUGGCAUAAUAAUGCACGAAAUUGUUAACCGUCAAGGCGCUUUUUGGCUUGGACCAGGAGUCGAUAUAUCUCCUAAAGAAAUAAUCGACGCAGUGAUAAGUGGUGGUCUUCGUCCAAACACGACCCACACAAAGUCAUGUGAAGCAGAUGACGCCACAGAUCUUAUGCGUCGUUGUUGGGCUGAAGAGCCGUCAGAGCGGCCGGACUUCGCCCAUUUGAAGGGAGCUGUGCGAAGGCUCAAUAAGACUCAAGAAAGUAGUAAUAUUUUAGAUAAUUUGCUUUCUCGUAUGGAACAAUAUGCAAAUAACUUAGAAACGUUAGUGAGCGAACGUACACAGGAUUAUUUAGAGGAAAAGAAAAAAUGUGAAGAGCUACUCUACCAAUUGCUACCUAAAUCAGUGGCCUCGCAGUUGAUCAACGGUCAGUCGGUGGUGGCGGAAACGUUCGAACAAGUAACAAUAUACUUUUCCGACAUCGUCGGCUUCACAGCGCUGUCGGCUUCAUCGACGCCUAUGCAAGUUGUCGAUUUACUCAAUGACUUGUAUACUUGCUUCGAUUCUAUUGUAGAAAACUAUGAUGUUUAUAAGGUGGAAACAAUAGGAGAUGCCUACAUGGUUGUGUCUGGUUUGCCAGAGCGCAACGGUACGAGACACGCGUGUGAAGUGGCUCGAAUGGCGCUAGCGCUACUUGACGCCGUACGACGCUUCAAGAUUAGACACCGACCGCGCGAUCAACUGAAAUUGAGAAUUGGAUUGCAUUCUGGGCCGUGUGUUGCUGGUGUCGUAGGGUUGAAAAUGCCACGGUAUUGCCUAUUCGGAGAUACAGUGAACACAGCAUCAAGAAUGGAAUCCAAUGGCGAAGCGUUAAAAAUACACGUGUCGCAAACAACGAAGAGCCUGCUUGAUACUUUUGGAACAUUCCGUUUAGAGUGUAGAGGUGAAGUUGCUAUGAAGGGUAAAGGAGUUCAAGUCACAUAUUGGCUGUUGGGUGAAAUCGUUGAUCCAAAUGCACCUAAGGAAAAACCACCUUUAUUAAAACUACAAGCGCAGUCUACUGAUAGUGGAUCUUUAUCACAUCUAACGCCAUUUAGACAACGUUUAGAUCAAAGUUCGAGAUCAUCAAGCAGACGAGGGUCGGGAGUAUUUCUCCAAAAGCAGACUGAUGUUAGCAAAUUGGAAAGAGAAGUUCAACCUAUAUUGCAAGCAGUAAAAAUGCAAAGGCAACAUUCUGAUCCAAACGAACGCGUCACUAACGGAGUAGUUGAUGCUGAAGAACUAGAUAAGCUAAGCAUUUCAAAUUCUAUGUCAUUAACUGUUAACUCCCUUAAUCAUAACAAUGUGAGUCAAACUGGUCAGCCCAAAGUUAAACUGAAGGAGUUCCAGAUGAACUCUAUGGGAAACCAUAAAUCUAAUAAGAUAGGUAAUAACAAUUGGAUACCCAAGCUACCAACAGCAAGUUCCUUUGAUAACGGCUCUAAGAAAGUCAAUGAAUGCCUCAAAGACUAUAGUAGCGUACCAUUAUUGUCAAAAGCUGAAAAACCAAAUGAUUCCAUUGUA